AUGAACAACAUGCAUCUUCCACUGCUGCAUGCCGAGGUCGUCCCGAUAUCGAUGGCGCUUCAGACGCAACGACGCCGUGCGACGCUCUUCUUGCAUCUCGGCAUGAACCUCCAGGCGUACAACCGCCGCCUCGCCGUGUGGGAGCCCAUUCUCGAAGAAUUUCCAGUGCAUGUCGCGUACCAUGCGCACGGCGGCGUCGUUUGCGACGUCUGCCUCUACGAAGACAGCGUGCUCGAGUGCCUAAGUACCCCACAGUGCGUCUUCCCGACGGCCAAGACCCACCUUUUCACGUCGAUUGCGCGGCGGGCGUUUGAGACCAAGCAGCAGAUCCAGCGCGAUUUGCUCCAGUGCGAGGCGUCGGGCGCGGGCGACACGCUGCUGCUGACGAUGCCGUCGGGCCUGGCGCUCAACGUCUCGCGCAACAACCUGCACGUGCUCUUCCACGGCCUCGAGCUCUUUACGCAGGAUCGAGCGGGCGACUCGGGGCGCCCCGAGACCUUUGGCUCCAACGUCUACGUCGACAACCAAAGCGGCGUCCUCUUGGCCUAUGCGAUGGUCGAUACCGUGGCGUCGGACAGCACGGAGAGCGGGUCGCGCUUGCUAUGGACGCCGGUGCGCAGCGGCAGCUGUGUGCCCACGAGCAUGCUAGCGCACGAAGCCCCCGCGGGUAUCGUCAUGGCCCCGAUGCGCCGCCUGCUGUGGCUCAAGUACGACAAGAAGCCGAUGCUGGUGCCCAUCGAGCACGGCCACAAGAGCUGCUUCCAGUUCCAAGCCGACCAGCCGCUCUUGGGCGAGACUGUCGCCGAGAAAGGGACGCUGAUUCUGCGCAUUCGGUCGGCGGUGCAGCUGCGCAACUUGCUUGGGGUGCCCGUCGAUGUGCACUACGACAUGCCCACGGGGCCGCCGUUUCUGCUGAGUGCCGGCGCGUCGACGUACGUGCCCGUGCAGGCGCUCAAGGACGGGUACGUGACGCUGUGUCCGCGGCUCGACGACGGCGCUCUGGACCCGGGCUUGCCGCUGGCGUGGCGCACGCUCGUGGCCGCAGCCAAGAAGGCACCGCAGGAGAAGGCCAAGAUGGGCCACAUUGUCGAUACGAUCACGUUCUUUUGGCGGGCGUAUCCGGCGCAAACGACGGCCGGCGUGCACUUGCCCCCGUACAAUGUGCUCGUCGUUGCCAGCAGCGUCGACUUGGAUCUGAGUUUGUCGCUGCACGCGCCCUUGAGUGUCGAGAAUCUCUUGCCGUGGCCGGCCACGUACCACUUGCUGCAUGAGUCCAAGGACGGCCGGCAAGAGAUCGCGAUGGGGGCCAUCGACUCGGGCAGCUGCGCGUCCAUGUGUGUGGUCGACAUGCGCCAAGACGUCUCGAUCGCACUGAGCCUUGCGGUGCCGAGCGUCGGCCUGCCGCGGUCGACCGAUAUCGUGUGGAUCUUUGGCCCCAAGUUGGCGACUCAGCGGCAGUAUGCAACCCUCGGCGCUAACUGCGUCGUCGUCGUCGACCUCUGUGACCCACUGCAGACGAGCGACCGGACGCCGCAUCGACAUGGGCCCGUGGCUUGCCGCCUCUACGCCGAGUAUUGGUUCAUCGACCGGUCGGGCCUCGGGCUCCACUUUGACACACCGACAACGACCAUUCAGUCGCAGCGGCUGCUGGCGCCGUCGCCGGACGAAGUGUUUUUUGCAGCGAAUCCGCUCACGAUCGCGUCGCAGACGUCGGUUGUGUGCGCCAAGGUGCUCGAUGGGUCGGCGCAGUGGACGUCGACGGCGAUCGACCUCUCGGCCAUUGGCACGCGGGCGCCGCUGAGCUUGCACCGGACGCACGUUGGCCUCAAGAACGUUGGCACGCGGCUCUCCAAGCACUUUUCGUCGCUCAUGGGCAUUGCCGAAGAGAAGCCCGAGGCCGGCGCCACGACCGAGUUUGCGCUCGGUGUCCGCCUCGACCAAGGGCCCGGCCGCUUCUCCCGGACGACCGUCGUCACCUUGACGCCGCGGUACCUUCUUGUCAACAAAUCGCUGGACGCUACGCUCGAGGUGACGCAAAGCGGGUCCCGCGCCUUGACGCGCCUCUCGCCCGGCGACCAAGCGUUCUUCCACUGGGAGAGCGACCACGAUCAAAAGGUCCAAGUGCGCUGGCUGCCACUCGGCGGCAAGCGCCCGACGAUGUGGACGCAUGCAUUUGAGAUGGAUGUUGUCGGCGACUUUAUGCUCAAGAUGCACGCGCCACCGCCGACGCAUGACGUCUUCACGGACUGCGGCGUCCACGACCACCCGACCGCGCACAUGCUCCACGUUGCGAUUCAGCUUCAGGACCCGAUGCUGGUGGUUGUACUCCACGCCGCCGUCGAGGCGCGGCCCGACGUCAACCUGCCGAUCCCAUACAUUGUCCGAAACGACUGCACCCGGUUCCGCGUUGUGCUAUGGCAAAAGCAGGACGCCCCUUCGCACGCCUACCAGAGCCUCGACGUGCUGCCGCCGUUGACAUCGCUGGCGUACGUGCCGGACGUACCGCGCAACAACCCGACGGUGUGUCUCCAGCUGCAGAGCACGCUCCUCUCGUCGUCGCCGAUGAAGGAGCUCGAGCUCGUGCCGCAAGACGCGCUCGUCAACAUUGAAGUGACGUUCGACAAGCCGCACCGACUGCCCGUGAUCCAGGUUGGGAAGCGUCGGGUGUGGGUGGACAUGCUCAUGGAUGGCACGACCAAGUCGAUCGUCGUCACCGACAUGCUGCCCGGGACGUCCGAGGCGCACACGCACAAGCGGCAGUCGAUGCUGCUGAAGGACUGGAAGCACAUUCUCCGGCGCCUCGCGCAGACGGCUCAGGUCCUCGCACCCGUGCCAAGCAGUGUCGCGCGGCCAGAGACGAUGCAAAGCGAUCACUACGCGCUGUGUCUCUAUGUCCUCGAGGCGCGGCGCCUCGGCUGCCUCCUCCCCACGGUGGGCGAGACCUUCCGCCCGUUUGUCAAGAUCCACUUGCACGGUCGCUCCAAGGAGGUACACCCGCAGAAGCAAGCGAUCUCGCCGAUUUGGCUGCCGCAAGAGACGGAGGCCGUGCGCGGCGUCCUGGCGGCGUCUACCACCAGCGUGCUCCGCCUCGAGGUUCGCGAUGCCGACGCCAUCUUUGGGAGUACGCUUCUCGGGUACUAUGAGCUGGACGUCAGUGUCCUGUGCGACGCUACGCAGCCAAGCACCCUCGACGUGUGGUGUCCGUUGACGUCGAGCGUGACGGGCAUGCCGUCCUCUGCGUCAGUGCACCUACUCGUGUCGCUGUCUCCCUCGGCCAUGGACCAAAUGCACGAAGAGGUCCUGAUCGCGAAUGCUGUCCGCGCUGACGUCGAGAUGGCGCUCGGGUGUCGAGACCGGUUCCAGCUGGUGCUGGAAGCCGCGUCGCUGGACGUGGCCGACCUCGAGUCGAGCACCGACGGCGACCGGCGCAGCCUCACGAGCUUUAGCACUGCGACAAGCACGGCGAGCGACGAUACGCUCUUGGAUGAAAAGAAGCAGCUCAGCGUCGUUGUCAUGCACGUCUCGUCGCCGCUGCCGUUGCAGUCGACGCACAACUACUACGUCGCGAUCGAGUCGGACCUCUCGACCCGGUGCACGACACCUGUGUUGCCCAAAGACGACGCGGUGACACCGAGACAGCGCGAGACGCCGGUGGUCCUCGACUUUCUUGGUGGCCAUGCGCUCGGCCUCGACUUGGUGUACGCCGAUGGCCACGUGCACGUCCACGGCGUCGACUGCGACGGGCAGAGCGGACUCUACUACAAGGACGGGCGCAUCCGGGUUGGUGACCGCGUCCAAGCCGUCAAUAGCCACACGAUUCUCAACCUUUCGAAAGACGCAGCGUUUGCUGCGAUCGAAGCCGCGCGGAGUGACGCCGCGGUGUUUACACUGACGCUGGCGCCGACGACGACGCCGGACGACGCGCCGGUUGUCGAUAUCGAGUGGAAUCGGAGGCUCCUCUUUGGUGAAGCCAAGGCCGACGGGUACCUCAAGGUACGCUUGUACGAGCGGCCGCGCGAGAAGGACCACGGCGUUAGCGAAGAGAAGGAGGCCAGUCAGCAUCGGCAGACCGACACGCUGCUCGCGAUUUGCUGGGUGCGUAUUCCGGACGACGACGACGACUGGGUCCGUGUCGAGCACGCCCACGAGCGCAUCUGCGCCUUGUACCAGUUUGUACCGACGGCGACCAGCGGGAGUGAGCUUCGCAUUGUGGGUCACAUUCGCAUCGCGCUCAAGUGGGAGCUGCUCAAGCCAUUGGACGCCGUUGCACCGUCGCUUUCGCUGUACGCCCAGAUCGACGUCGGACCGGUGUUUGUCUCGCUCGUCGACCUCAACGAAGAGGUGCUCUGCGCGUCCUUGACAGGGUCGCCCGACGUGCCCGGCAUUCAAGUGAGCUACGGCGUCGUCUCGGACAAUCGGCAAGUCAUCAACGUCCGCCUCGACCACGUGCAGCUCGACAACCAGCUCGUGGAUACCAACUACCCCGUGACGCUUGCGCCGGUGCGGCCUAGCGGCGGCGAGGCCAUGCCCACGGUGCAGUUCAUGGCGGUGGUCAACGUCUUGCCCGCCGUCAUGCAUUUCGAGUACAUUUUCGCGCAGCUCCAGGAACUCGAGAUCAAGGUCGAAGACUUUCUGCUCGUCGCGAUCGCGCGGGUCUUCUCCAACAUUGACUGGAGUUUCCAGGCGCCGGCACUGGCGCCGCGCGCGUCGUCGGUCUACGCGCUCCUGUCGGCGCAGAAUCUGCUCGCAGAGUUGCACAUCACCGACUCGAUGCUCGAAGAGAACAAGAAGGUCGUCCUUCGCUGGCUCUUGCUGUGCCCGAUCCGGCUCAACGUGACGUUCUCGAGCACGACCGACCAGCCGCUAACGCACUCGAUCCUCUCGCCGCAAAUGAGUCCGCUUUUGCGCAACAUCAUUGGGGCAGCGACGGCGCUCGUGACGAAUUUGGACCGCGCGCCGAUCGAGAUCCCCGAGUUUUACAUUGAGAGCGUCUUUGAGACCAAGUACGCGCUCGGCUUUUACGUCAUGCAACACUACUUGCAUUAUGGGCUCCGGUCCUGGUACAAGAUUGUCGGGUCGGUCGAUGUGCUCGGGAACCCGAUCGGCCUCGUGAGCACCCUCGGCACGGGCGUGCGCGACUUCUUCUUCACGCCGGCGCAGAUGCUUCUCGAAGACGAGUCUGGUCUGCGGAUUGAGAACCUUCGCACCGGCAUGACCAAGGGCUCCAAGAGCCUCUUGCGCAACACGGCCGUCGGUAUCUUCCACACGACGGGCAAGAUCACCGAGACGCUCGGCAAGGGUAUUGCGAUGCUAGCGAUGGACAACGAGUACAACACGCAGCGCCAGCAACGCGCGCUCAAACAAGCAACGACCAUCUCGCAUCUGGGCGACGGCAUCGUCGAAGGCGGCAAGGACCUCGCCGGCGGCAUCUGGGAAGGCGUCCGUGGUGUCGUCAUCGAGCCCGUCGUCGGUGCCGCCAACGACGGUGCCGGCGGCUUCAUUGUGGGGCUUGGCAAGGGCUUUGCAGGACUGCUCGUCAAGCCGACCGCGGGCGUGCUUGACUUGCUCACGAGCGUCUCGCACGGCGUCAAAGUCACGGCCGAAUCGAUGGACGCUCGCCUCGAGCGCCGUGGGUCGAGCCGCGUCCGCCUUCCGCGCCGUUUUGGGUCGGACGGUGUUCUGGUUGCCUACUCGGAGCGGGAGGCCAAGGGCAGUGCGCUCAUGCUGCUGACGGGUCUUGAAGACGAAUAUGUCUACCACGUCGAGUACGGUGACGAAGCCAACCGGGGUCUCGUGCUCCUCACCAACAAGCGCAUCACGUGUCUCGCCAAAGGCCACCCGCUCUGGGAGCUCGCACUCGACUCGACCUUGGUCGUGGAGGCUGUCGACCACACGCUCCGGGUGACCGCCGUCAAGAAGCUCUACUCUAUUCCGUGUCAUGCGUCGCCGCGGCUGUUCCAGGUCGCUGUCGAACACCUCCGCAGUAGCAGCGGCCUCCAGGAGACGCGGUACUUGCUCUUGAACUUGGAGAAGAAGGGCCGAUGCACCGAGGUGUCGACGGACGUCAGCGUCACGAAGGACCCUGGCGCCGAAACCGUGGUCUUGGAGCUCUCGGACCUCCAAAGCCAACCGAUCCGGUCGAUCCGCGUCGAGCUCUGCCACAUUGACAACAAGGACGCCCGUGCCCCGUACGAUGUGCUUGCGUCCUUCUCGGUCUACCGGCUGCUCGUGCUCGGGGGUCCGUACCAGUGGACAGUCUUCCGGCGCUUCAGCGAGUUUCGGGCGCUCCACGAGACGUUGCAGCAGCUCGUCGACAUGAGCUCUUUGCCACGGUUGCCGCCGCGUCACCUCUUCUUUUCGACCCGCGCGUCCAUCGUCAAGGGUCGGCAGGACGCGCUGAGCGUCUACCUCCAAGCCGUCAUCAUGCACCCGCCGAUCCUGCACGCCGCCGAAAUGCAACACUUUUUGACGCACGAGGCCAGCGACGUGCACGUGGCCCACGUCGGUCUGCCGUAG